AUGUCAAGCACAUCGUCAACUACCGAAUCUUCCUGGAGGAGGCCGUCCAGCGACAUGUGCGACCCCACGAAUAUCGUGUCUAUCGGGCUGCCGUUGCACCUCGAGACGUCAAACCUACUAGACUCUCCUGACAGUGACAAGACGGACAAGAUGGAAAUGGAAGAGACCAAUUCCGCGAAGAGAUUGCGAACAGAGGAUCCCAUGAGGGCGCACUACGACGGUAUCGGGGUGAAGCGCCGUGCCUCAAUGGACCCCGAUAACAGCGUCCCACUUGCUUUCACAAUCCCAAGUGACUCACUGCGUCGCCGCGAUAGAAGCCAAAGAGUAUCGCCCGCAUCUCAACCAAGCGUCAUUCCUCAAGGAUCAUGGUCUCACAGUUCGGAUUCACACCUGCCAACGGAGAGCAUCGUCAGCAUAGGUUUGUCAUAUGGUCAAAUUCCUCCGGGCGAAUUGCCUCCGGGGGCCAUUUCGUCUGGCGGGAUUGAUGACAUCUGCAUCUCACCUCAAAAUGGAUUGAUGUCACUGAACGCCUCACCUCGCGGCUCCUUUUCCAACGUAACCUAUCAGCGGACCAUCAGCGAAAACGGGCCUCUCGCUUCUUCCCGCAAGCUCACGGAAGUGAGCAAGCCUGAUGAAUACAAGAUCUUCGAGGGUUUCUUCAUGUGUGACUGUUGCCCGAAGAAGCCCAAGAAAUUCCAGUCGGCCGGGGAUUUAGCAAACGGGAGUGACUCUGGUGAUUCCGCUUCGCGUCGAAUCACGGGCCAGGAGUGGGAAGAGCGCGUCCGCCAUCUUGAAGAGGUAUACAAGUUCCGAGAGUGCAACAAGAGCAAGACAUUCUUCCGCGCGGACCAUUUCCGUCAGCACCUUAAACACAGCCACGUAGGCACUAACGCCAGAUGGACGAACGUGCUGGAGAAUGCUUGCAUGUUGGAUGAGAAUACAACUCCGAGAUGA